UCAGGCGUCACGACGUCGGCGACGCUGUCGUUUCGCGUUUUCUUUCAUCGUCGCGCGACGUCUCGCGUAUUUUCCUCCAUUUUCUUUUCUCUUUUUUUUCUUUUCUCCUUCUUGCCUUCGUUUUUCUCGCUCAUUAGCAUCGCGACGGGCGACAUUCUCGCCCGGAGAAACUCUCUCGCACGCGCGAGAGAAAACAGUGUCGCGUGGAAUCUUUCGAAUAGAAACCGGAGGACGGAGAGGUGACGUUUCUUCUUCUGUACUGUGCAUCGCGAGUAGUGCAAUCCCGAGUGCAGCGUCGCGCGCGCCUUUGUCCGCCGACUAGAAUCAGCCCACGAGAAUAUUCCGCGGUGGACAGCCGCGUGGAGAAUAUUUAUAUCCCCUCGCGGGGAUGCCGCGAAUUCUCCCGAGUUCCUCGAGAAAACCCGUCGGCCCGUCUUUGGCGAAUCGCGAUCUCUUUCUCCGUUUAAUAGAUAGUAAUCAGUCAAAGUUGAUCAAUGUCUUAUGUAUGAGAUAAAUAAAGCUCAAUUCAUAAAAAGACAUGUUUUUUAUCGUAUGUAAUCGUUGCGAGAGUUAUCCAUUUUUUGGAAUAUACGAGUUUUUGUUUGUAAUUAGAGCAGGUGUAAUCUCACGUUUAUAUCUUGAGAUUAGUAAGAUUGAAACAUAAAAUAAAAAACUAAUUAUGCGAGAUUACAAUCUUGAUUAAACGGCAUAAUAUAUUCAUAUGACAUGAUAUUUUCUCUGAAAUUCAAUUAAUAAUAGUAGAAAUUAGAUCAAGAGAAAAUAUAAGUACUUGAAAAAAUUAAACUCCAUGGCGAAUGAAUACGUUAUCGGUACCGGCCUUAAAUUAUGUCACGUCAAGCUUCUCCUCAAGAUCGGUACUCGGAAAUAUUGAGUUACAAAACAUCGCGUGAGACGACCAACGAGGCAAAGACAAUAUUUACUCUCUCGUCACUUUCGAUUGUCGACUAAAAUAUUCGCAAGGUGUCGGAUCCGGUGUAGAGGCUGCGUCGGUUUUUCCUAAUCUUGGAUAAGACGGAGCCUACUUCGUCCCCAGACACUUCGUUCCGCCGAUUUAUUUUUGUACGCACGUCCGCCUUUUCGCGCGCAAAGUAGUUGCUAGAGAACCGUCGGGGCCUAUUGUAAAUAGAUCGAAUGUGACACGUGCACUCGUCAUUAAUCGCUGACAUGGUUUACCUCGUCAAUGGCCGAGCACAGGAUUUUGCAAUAACCGUUACCUUACACUUGCCUCGAACGCGAAAACACAAAUACAAAGAGUGAAUGCGAUUAUGGUUCAUCAGCCUAAUUAAAAUGAAAUCGAAUAGAAUUAUAACUGGAAAAGUCGAUAGUACUGAACGUGCCACAAAUGACGCGUAGUCUGAUGUCGCAUCUUUCUCAGAGAUAAAAUCUUUCCGCGAGAUUUCGCGCUGAUACGUCUGCUACGUCGUGGAGAAGAUCAAUUCUGUACUUGGGAUUUGGAAGAGAAGUGCCGGCCCUUUCGUGGGACACUUCGCGCGGAGUAUUCUUAGGCAUGCAUUCGGGGAUGUACUCUCGGUUGCUGGCGGGAGGAAAACAGAUAUUCCCGAUAGUCCGCGAGGUGGAUUGGUUGUUUGGUGGUUGUGCGAUUGAGAUUAUUCUCAUCGUCCCGUGAGAAGGGAGGUUCGCGAAUGCGAGAAUCAUGUUGCACCGCGACGCCGCGAGACCGUUCCUCCUGCGGCGACCUGUCGCGAUGUGUCGAUAGUGAUUUUCCUUUCCGGGCCGAUCGUUGUUUCGGAGUUCCUAAACUGGAAUGCAGAGCAAAAUGCAAACGUUCAGCGGACUCGCCUUCGGGAAUGUGUUCAAGAAGAAGGCAAACAAGAUGACCGGAGGACCUCCGGUGGGCAAUGCACCGCCUCCGCCUACGCUCAUCAAUAAGAUCAAGUAUCAACCUGGUGGACCUGUAAUUAAGAAGGAUAAACGACAGAGCAGCUCGAGGUUUAAUAUAUCAAAAAAUCGGGAACUGCAGAAAUUGCCUUUGCUGUGUGAAACACAGCAGGGAAACGAGCGGGAAGAGCUUUUUAUACAGAAGCUACGACAAUGCUGCGUCCUCUUCGACUUCGAGUCCGAUCCACUAUCGGAUUUGAAAUGGAAGGAGGUAAAGCGCACUGCCCUGCACGAGAUGGUCGAGUAUGUAACCAAAAACAAAAAUGUUAUUACCGAAGCGAUAUAUCCCGAAGCCGUGAAUAUGUUUGCCGUAAACUUAUUCCGGACGCUACCACCAUCAUCGAAUCCUAACGGCGCAGAAUUCGAUCCUGAGGAGGACGAGCCGACGUUAGAGGCGGCUUGGCCACACUUGCAGCUGGUCUAUGAAUUCUUUUUGCGACUACUAGAGUCGCAGGAUUUCCAGCCGUCCAUAGCGAGGCGCUACAUAGAUCAAAAGUUUGUUCUGCAGCUGUUAGAGUUAUUUGAUUCCGAGGAUCCGAGAGAGAGGGACUUCCUCAAGACGACUCUGCACAGAAUUUACGGGAAAUUCCUGGGACUCAGGGCAUACAUUAGGAAACAGAUAAAUAAUGUUUUCUAUCGAUUUAUAUACGAAACGGAGCACCAUAAUGGCAUCGCGGAGUUGCUCGAAAUCCUAGGAAGUAUUAUUAAUGGCUUUGCUCUGCCAUUGAAAGAAGAGCACAAGGUGUUUCUGUUGAAAGUUCUGUUACCCCUGCAUAAAGCUAAGUCAUUAUCCGUAUAUCAUCCGCAACUAGCGUACUGCGUCGUACAGUUUCUGGAGAAAGAUCCGUCGUUGACGGAACCUGUGAUUAGGAAUUUGUUGAAAUUCUGGCCGAAAACACAUUCCCCUAAAGAAGUGAUGUUCUUGAAUGAACUCGAGGAGAUCUUAGACGUCAUCGAGCCAGCCGAAUUUCAAAAAGUGAUGGAUCCAUUGUUCAGGCAAUUAGCCAAAUGCGUGUCGUCGCCGCAUUUUCAGGUGGCCGAAAGAGCUCUCUACUAUUGGAAUAACGAGUACAUAAUGUCCUUGAUAUCGGACAAUUAUUCUGUCAUCCUACCGAUAAUGUAUCCAGCCUUUUAUAGAAACUCCCGCAACCACUGGAACAAAACGAUCCACGGUUUAAUAUACAACGCCCUGAAACUCUUCAUGGAGAUGAAUCAAAAAGUAUUCGAUGAAUGUACAACGCAGUACUAUCAGGAACGUCAGCGGGAGCGAAAGCUCAUGAAAGAUCGUGACGAAGCGUGGAUGCGCGUGGAAGCGCUUGCAAUGAAGCAUCCGAACUAUAACACCAUGAGUAAAGGCACAACGAAUAAUAAUACAUCAUACGUGUCGCCGCAACAUAUAGACAAUUCGCCACCCGACGAAGAUGGCGAUACAGAUCAAAUUCCGCUCACUUUGGAAAAGAUAGAAGCUAGAGCUAACGAGGCGAAAAAAAUGACAAACGUGAACAAAGUGAAACCGCUUUUACGAAGAAAGAGCGAUCUACCGCAGGAUUCGUACACAAUGCGGGCGUUGUCCGACCACAAGCGCGCCGAUGAAUACCUUGUCACGCCACCGGAUCCCAAUAAUUGCUAGUCUCUACCGCAACCUCUUCCCAUGUAUCCUCUGUUUUGCUGUAGCAACAUCGGAAGCUAGUUUUCCCUUCUAGGGAGAGAAUGGCGAUAAAAACCGAAAACGAUCUGGCUCCCAUACGAGACUCUCUCACUUGUGCGAAAUCAAUAAUACCGUACUGUUAUCUUCUAAUGUCACAUCAUAUCGUAUUUAUUUUCCUUAAUGGAGAGAAAGGAGCGUCGAUUCAAAGGGACGGUGCAUAAGCACUCGUAGGAGCUUACACGAGGGAAUUUCGUAUUUCGUAGAGACGCAUUGUAUUUAUUUCUCUUCAUCUUUUUUCAAGAGCAAGAAAAUUUCAGCUGAUAAUGAGGGAGAGGAGAACGUAUGUAAUAAUCACCGUUGUUGUAAAACGCCGCGCAUAUAGUAAGCGAAGUAACAGGGCCCUAAACGCAUUAUUCGUAGAAUCUCCAUUACCGAAAAGGCACUUCGGGAGUGUUAUCUUCUGCUACGUUUCAACAGUACGAUUAUGUACGUAAACGAGAUAAUUACGAGAUAAUGUACGUAAACGAGAUACUGUGACUGUAACGGAUUUGGUAUAUUCUACGAGAGAUUUUAUAUACAGAUACGGUUACGUGCGAGAAUGUGAUCGAAGAAUGUAGACAUAUGCUCGAUGUUGUCCACACUAUUACGCUAUGCGAGCUUGUUGUGUUAACACCUUGCGAAUGACGUUUCCAUUUAUGUGCAAAUGAUAUAUAUAUAUAAAUAAAUAAAUAAAUAUAAAUAUGAUAUACAUACAUAAAUAUACGUAAUUGCUUUAACACUACAGGCUCGUUGUAGUAAAAAAAGGAAGCAGAAUGAAGAACAUAAGGGGAAAAACACGCGACGGUGCGUGCGUCAUCUUAGGAUGUAUAUGAUAGUGCUAUUUUAAAAAUAAUAGAAUGCUACGAAAAAAAACUUUGGAUACUUCUGAGUGUACUACUUUUGUAUCUGUUGUGCCUAGAUGCCUGUGGAAUGCAUUCACGGAACAAACAAAAAAAAGAGUACGGGACACAAACAGCAAGAUUAAACGGCGAGUUUACAUGUCGCUUUGCCAAAUAUAAUCGGUAUCACAGGAUUUCAGUAAUGCUUGCAUAACGUGUUGCGUUAUUAACUCUCAUGGAUCUUGAGAUUAAUUAAAAGAUUAUACUGUUGCGGCCAAGAGAUAAAAGGGAGGAGAUGAAUAAAAAGAAAAAAAGAGGAAACGAAAGAGAAGAAAGAUACAUUUAGUCCAUGCGCUGCUGUUAGCAGGUUGUUACGUUAAUAAUUGUCGAGGAUACCUUGUUGAAUAUAGAUAUAUAAUAAGCACUUAUACAUAUAUUAAAUACUAGAAGAUUAAAGCUACGGAGAUAUAGAUUUAAAAAGAUUAUUUACUUAUUAAUUAUUCCUACUCGAGAGAAAUGGCCAUUUCAACUAAUUGAUAUUGAUUAAUGAUAUAAAUAUCAUUACAAUUAUUAGUUACUGUAUUAUUUUUAGUGACAGGACAUAUAACGACGAAAAUAGAAUAAUAGUAAUUCUGUAGUAGCUGAUACAUGCGGCAUGCCUUGAAUAAUUAUAUCUUUCUGGAAACCUGCGUUUUCCCGAAUUAGAUCGGUAAUAAAUAAAUAAAUCACGCAAUUUCCUAGAAACGACCAUUAUGUUAGAAAAAGAGAGGAGAGGAGGGGGGGGGAAGGAUGAGAAUUCUUAUUAGAAUACGCCGCAUGCAGCAAUUCGGAACAACAUCGAAUAAUCUCCGCGAAUGUAAAUGUAUGCGCUUUUGCAGAAGCUUAAAUCGAAUGGUAGAGAGCUGGGAAAGAGAGAAUAAUCGUAAUAAUGAUAAGAAUAUUAACAAUAAUAAUGCUGUUAUUAAAAAGAGUUAGAAUUGUCGGGAGAUCAUUUCAUAUAUAAUAAAGAUCACAUCAAUCUUGC